ACACUACACCACAAACAGAACCAGGAAGCUCCUUUCUAGAAAAACGAAACUCAGAAAGUUUGUUUUCUAAGUGAGUGUUUGAGUUCAGGAAAAUGGCAGAAGCCAGUAUUUCAGUAGCUCAGGAUCAGUUCACUUGUCCAGUGUGUCUGGAUCUCCUGAAGGAUCCAGUGACUACUCCUUGUGGCCACAAUUUCUGUAAGGUGUGUAUUAAUGGCUUCUGGGAUAAGGAGGGUGUGAAGGGAGUCUACAGCUGCCCCCAGUGUAGAGAGACUUUCACUCCAAGGCCUGUUCUACGCAGGAACAACAUGCUGGCUGAAGUUGUGGAGAAACAAAAUAAGACUGAACUCCAAGCUGCUUCUCCUGCUCACUGUUACGCUGGACCUGGAGAUGUGAAGUGUGAUUCCUGCAUUGGGAGAAAACGCAAAGCCAUUAAUUCCUGUCUGGUAUGUAAGGCUUCCUAUUGUGAAGAUCAUCUUCAACCUCACUAUCAGUCUCCUGCCUUUAAGAAGCACAAGUUAGUGGAAGCCUGUGCAGAGCUCCAAGAGAAGAUCUGCUCUCAACAUGACAAAGCGAUCGAGAUCUACUGUCGUACUGACCAAAGCUUCAUCUGUUUUUUGUGUACGAUGGAUGAGCACAAAGGCCAUGAUAUGGUUUCAACUAAAGCAGAAAGAACUGAAAAACAGAAUGAACUAAAGGAGGAGCAGAUGAAAUCCCAGAAGAGGAUCCAGGAGAAGCAGAAGAAGGUGCACGAGGUGAAACAGACUGUGGACACUAUUAAGAUGCGUUCACAGGCAGCAGUAGAUGACAGUGAGAGGAUCUUUACUCAGCUGAUCAGCUCCAUGGAGAAAAGGCGCUCGGAGGUGAAGGAGCUGAUCAGAGCUCAGGAGGAAGCUGAACUGAGUCGAGUUGAACGACUCCUGAAGCAACUGGAGCAGGAGAUUGCUGAUCUUAAGAGGAGAGUCACUAAGCUGGAGCAGCUUUCACACACACACGAUCACAUCCACUUCCUCCAGAGUUUCCCUUCUCUCUGUGUUUCUCCUGGAUGUGAGGACUCACCCAGCAUCACUGUCAAUCAACAUCUCUCAUUUGAUGGAGUGAGGAAAUCUCUCUCAGAUCUGAAAAAACAAGUCGAGGAAAUCUGUGAGAAGGAAUUCAACAAAAUCCGUCCACAAGCUGCAGCAGUUCAGAUAUUACCUUCACAACUGAAAAGCAACGAGGGUUUUCUGCAGUAUUUCUAUUAUCUGACUCUGGAUCCAAACACAGCAAAUCCUGCCCUUAUUCUGUCUGAGAAUAACAGAGUGGUGACACACACUAGAACACAACAGCAGUACUCUGAUCAUCGAGAGAGAUUUGACCACUGGCCUCAGGUGUUGUGUAAGGAGAGUGUGUAUGGACGCCGUUACUGGGAGGUGGAGUGGAACGGUGAUGUGUCCAUAGCAGUCUCAUAUAAAGAGAUCAGGAGGAAAGGAGAGGGUUUUGAGUGUUUAUUUGGAUUCAACAGUCAGUCCUGGACUCUGCUGUGUUCUUCCUCCUCUGUCUGUUUCCGGCACAACAAAAUUAAAUCUGAGCUCCAAGGUCCAGCGUCGUCCAGAAUAGGAGUGUAUGUGGAUCACGGUGCAGGAACUCUGUCCUUCUACAGCGUCUCUGAAACGAUGAGGCUCCUCCACACAGUCCACACCACAUUCACUCAGCCUCUAUAUGCUGGAUUCUGUGUAGGUAAUAACUCAACUGUCAGGUUAUGUGACUCAGAAUGAAAUGUUAGUAAAAGAGUUUACAAAAAAUUAUAACUGAGGUGUCAGAUUUAAUUUCACCUUGUAAACUUACUGUAAACAUUCUGCUACAUGCGUGAUGACAUCCUUGACAUACUACUUGGUAGUAUGCAUAUAGUACACAUAACAUAUAUUGACACAUACAACAUAUAAACAGCUUACCGUAUUCAGUGUGAUGGUUGAGUCUGUUUCUGAGAGCACAUCAUGCCAAAGUGUGGUUCAAUACCCAAUACAGCUAACCGUAAAUCAUCUUCCACUGUCAAUAAGCAUGAGCAGUAAAGCAUGAGCAGGAGAUAUGUUUGUUCAUUGUCACUGGCAAACAUAUCCCCAAACAUAGUUCUACAGAUGGCCAUUGCUGUUGGAUGAAUGAGGCUCUAUGCAAUUGUGUGAGGCUUUUUGGCUUUGGCAACUAAAUACACCACCUCAUAUGAAGCAGUAAAUGCCUUGACUGUCACUGGGGUUUUUCUGGUCAUCGUUUGUUUUUGGUUUGUUAAGCCUGAUUCUUUAUGGCGAAAAAAAAAAUCAACUGGCUUAUGUUUGAAUGUCAGGUGUUUGGUUUGCAAGUGUCUUAUCAGUUUCACAGGUUUCAAACUGUCAUUUGCAAGGACUUCAGAACAUACAACACACUGUGGUCGUGGUUCCUUAUUUAGUGUGAUGCAUGCGAAUCCAUAUUUUAUGUACUAUUUGUCAUAAUUCCGUUGUUUUGAUGCACCCAGGCCUUUGGUUUUUGCAGCUAUCCUCACUUGUGUGGAAAGCCCUGCUGACGUGGGGGGUUCAUCGCCAUCACUGGGGUGAUGAUCAGCAUGCUAGAUCAGCAUACCAGCAUAACGAAUUAAAUUCACUAAUUUUCUCAUGAAAAUUAGGGCUGUCACCAUCAAUUAUUUUGAUAAUCUAUUAUUUGACUCUUUUCUUUAAUACUAAUUGAGUAGUCAAUAUCAGAUGGAGUCUUAAAACCUACUUGUACAGACAAUUUUUAACUUUUUAAUUUUUUUUAUAGAUAAAUCGUACAUAUAAGUUACUGUAUUUUUUUUUAAAUGUAUAGACAAAUUACACUUUUUUAUAUAUAAUGUAUGACUUUCCUGAACAAAAAUACUACAGUAUCUGUGUCAUUACUGUUUCUUGCUGUAGGAGAGACAAGAAAGAGUAAUUUUAAAAAUUCAUAAUCUCAGUUUAAAAUAAAUGUAUUAAAUCCUUAUUAAAUACUUUGAUUUGCUAAAGCUAACUUAAAAUCAUCCAUUAAAAUGUAGGCUGUAAUAUAUUUUAAUGGAUGAUGUUGCAAUGUAAAAAAAAAAUUUGCAAUUUCAUAAUAGUAACUUAUUUUUGUCAGCGAUGGUUAGAGUAUCAAAAAUAGUUACUCUAGUAAAAGUACCAUUACUAAGAAAAAAAUACUUAAAAAGUAAAAAUAAAAGUUCAUCCAAAUACCUACUUUAUGUGCAUUUGGGCCAUGACACACAGAGGAAGAUCAUAGGUGAACACGGCACAUAGAGAUGUCCUCCAUCCCAGUCCUCACACAAGCUAACUACUGUUAUGCGUGUGUGUUAUGUGUGUGUGUUAUGUGUUAUGCGUCAAGUGAAAACUGAUUGGUUGGUGGGGAGGUGUGUCUGAUUGUGAAUAUGGAAAUCAGAGUAAUACUGUGUAUUAAGUGUAAACAAUAAAAUGCCAAACAAUAAAGUGUAAAUGAUAAAAAUUUUCCCUUGUCACAUCCAGUAUUUUAGAUCCUCUAUAGACAAGCUUGUGCUCCAAAACUGCUAUCUGAAAGCGUAGUCUGUUAAAAAUUUUUAAAAACAGCUCACAACAGGAAUAGAGGAAAAAUGUUCUA